GCGACGCCGGGGCAGCUUUGGGUUCCUCCCGCGCAGUCGGCCCGCCUCUGCCGCGCUCCCCGCCCACAACCGCAAUUACUUCUGUUGUUGCAGCCGCUGCCCCGGCGGAGACGCAGCCUCUUACUCGCUUGGCAGCUUCCGUUGGAUCUGCGGCGUGAGGGAACCCUCCGCGGCGUGUCAUCGGCGCUGCCCGGGCUCGGGUGUCCGGCCGGCCGGCAGGCAGAGCUCACGCCCCGGUCUCCCGGCUGGUCCGGGGCUCUGGGCACCGUCUCGACGGCGGCUCCGCGGGACACGCAGACCGGGCUGCAGCCCGUACCCCAAGCGGACGGCGUCAUGAGGAGCCUGCCGUACUUCUGCCGGGGCCAGGUGGUGCGGGGCUUCGGCCGCGGCUCCAAGCAGCUGGGCAUCCCCACAGCUAACUUUCCUGAACAAGUAGUAGAUAAUCUUCCCACUGACGUAUCCACUGGCAUUUAUUAUGGUUGGGCCAGUGUUGGAAGUGGAGAUGUCCACAAGAUGGUGGUGAGCAUAGGAUGGAACCCGUACUACAAGAAUACAAAAAAGUCCAUGGAAACUCAUAUCAUGCAUACCUUCAAAGAGGAUUUCUAUGGGGAAAUCCUCAAUGUGGCCAUCGUUGGCUACCUCAGACCAGAAAAGAACUUUGAUUCUUUAGAGUCACUUAUUUCAGCAAUUCAUGGUGAUAUUGAAGAAGCUAAGAAACGACUAGAUCUACCAGAACAUUUGAAAUUAAAAGAAGACAGUUUCUUCCAGGUUCCUAAAAGCAAAAUAAUGAAUGGCCACUGAUGAAAAAUCAUCUUAUUUAUUCAUUCACUGUUUUUAGUAUUUCAUUGUUUAUAACUGUCUGGUCUCAUCUUGGUUAUAUUUUAAAAAUGAGACAUUUUCCUUCUGCUGUGAUUAAACAGUACAAUGUAGUUACCAUAUUGUGUUUUACCUGUUAAAUUAAACCCAUCAUGUAAUAGCACUGCAAAGAUUCAUUUAAAAAUCAAGAUUUUUUUAAAUAUGUUGAUUAAAAUAUACCACUAAAAAGGUAUUAAGUGUCUCUCAUGAUGGAAAUGAAAUGUAUAUAAAUGUAGGUAAAAAAGCAAGUCACUAGUUUGAGAUUAGAACUAUAAUUCUCAUGGUAAAAUACCAGCAUGUAUGAACUUGUAUAUCAUAUACUACUAAGCAGAGAAAGUUUAUAAACAUAAACACAUUAAAUAAAACUUUGAUAGUUUGUUGUAAA